AUGGCGGGAGAAAGCAGACAGUUUAGAGAAGAGGGGACGACAGGAAAGAGUGAGAUGGAAAACGAGAAGGUAGGGACGGAAGAAAGAGAUGAGGCAGGAGAGCAGGAGAACGUUGAGGCGAGAGGAAGCAUGUGUAAUGAGAGCAGAGAGGAGGAAGGGAACGAGGAGGCCGGAUUAGAGGUAAGAGAGGAUAGAGGGAUAGACGUCAGGGUAAAGGAGGAAGUGCGAGAGAAAGAAGAGAGGAAGUGCAGAUGGAGAGUGGGGGUGAAGGAUGAGGAUGAAGGGAGAGGGUGCGCCGAGAGAGGAGAGGAGAAGAAUGGAUCUGCCAUCAUCCUUGGGAUUGAGAACGAGGCCUUCGCGAAAGACGGGGAACGGGACUCCACAAGAUGUCUGACCCCAGAUCCAGAGGAGCAGCUCUCUACUGAAUAUGAAGAGAUUCCCGGUCUUCCUCAUGAGGAUAAUGAGGAUUCUGCUAAGACAAGGAAGGUCAAAUUUUCUACAGCACCAAUCAAGAUGUUCCUUACCUACUCUAAUGCGGACUAUGACAGGCGUAACGAUGACGUUGACCCUGUGUCUGCCUCUGCUGAAUAUGAACUGGAGAAGAGAGUGGACAAGAUGGACCUCUUCCCUGUCCAGAUAGAGAAAGGAGAUGAGGGUUUGGGUAUCAGUAUAAUAGGGAUGGGGGUAGGGGCUGACCAGGGUCUGGAGAAGCUGGGCAUCUUCGUUAAGACCGUCACAGAGAACGGAGCUACACAACAGGAUGGACGUAUCCAGGUGAAUGACCAGAUAGUGGAGGUGGAUGGGGUCAGUCUGGUCGGAGUCACACAGCUGUUUGCUGCCACUAUGCUGAAGAAAACCAUUGGCACUGUCAGGUUUUUGAUAGGCCGGGAGAAGCAGGGGGAGGAGAGUGAGGUGGCUCGUCUGAUCACUCAGAGUCUGGAGCAGGACAAGAGACCACCUACAGUGGAGCUGAGGGUUUGUGAGGAGCAGCGGGCCUUGUGGGAGAGUCGUCAGGAUGAGCUGGAGCAGAGUGUCCAGGGUGGAGAGGAGAAGGCUGACCAACUAGAGAAGUACUGGCAGGAGGCCCAGGCUCUGUGCAGGAUUGUGAACCAGCGAUUGGCUGACACUCAGAGCCAAUUCGACAGCCUAGAGGUCAAAUACAGCAAGGCCAAGAGACUGCUGAGGGAAUUCCAACACAGAGAGAAGGAGAGUCCCCUGGAGCGAGGGGAGGCGGUCCCUGAGAUCGACAACCAAUCGCUGGACACCUCAUUUACCUCAAGUGCAGACUGGAGCAUUGCGGUGCCUGAGACGGGGCGGUUGGACACCAGCGCUCACAGGGCCAGAGCACAGCUCGCCCAGAAAACCAAGAGACACCCUCCCUCACGAGACAAACUCAGAGAGUCCUUCAGGAGACCGGGUGAGGAAGACCAGAUUCAGGCCUGUGACGGGAAGAGCCAAUCUCUGACUGCGAGCACACCCCGAGAGGCGGGACGUUCAUUCUCGGCAGGAGGUGACCUUGUCCACUCCAGCACCACCUCUCUGUCUGCCCUCACACCCCAGUCCCAUCCCCCAUCCUCUCUUCUCACCCCCCAGCCAGGCCAGUCUCCCUCUAAAGAGAACAACUCCUCUACCAUACACAAAUCAAAGAGAAGAUUCCCUGACUUCAGCAGCCUCCGCAAGUCUCUGAGCAGAGGGAGGAAGGGUGAGAAGGAGAAGAACGAGAGAAGGUCCCUGGACCACAGGGGUUCGUGUGGUGACCUGGUAGAUAACUCCAGCAGUGGUGUAUCUCCCUCAGGCUCUGUCACUUCCAUGCCCUCCUGCCUGUCCUUCUCCUGGUUCGGGGAGCGAGGGCGGGAGAGACUGAAGAAGGAGAGAGAGAAGCUUAGGUCGGUCUCCAGCAGCAGUCUACCCUACAUGACCACCGGGGGCAGUAGAGACUGCCAGAGACUGAGUGUCGCAGACGCAGGGAGUACCAGCUCUGCUCUCCUGUCAGGGGUGCUAUCAGAUCUGUCUCUCUCUGGGCGCUCUCAAACUCUCACCUUCUCCUCCUCAGAGACUCUGGACGGUGACUCUGUCCUAGUUGGUAACAAUAAUCAAUGGCAAAGCCAACCCCUGGACCAAUGGACCAAUCAGCAGGUCUGUCUGUGGUUGAUUGGCAUUAGCAUGGACCAAUAUGCAGCCGAGUUCACAGCCAAUGGUGUGGAUGGGCUGCAACUCCUCAAUCUGGACAACAACAAACUCAAAGCUCUGGGGGUGUGCAGUCAGAGUGACCGUGCUGCUCUGAAGAGAAGGCUGAAGGAGAUGAGGAAGACUCUGGAGAGAGAGAAGGAG